AUAUCAUUUCACAUUCACAUUAAUAUAUGAAUUCAGUCACACUCAUCGUUAUCUCUCUCUCUUUCUCUCUCAAUUUCUUCUUCGAAACAGAAUCUAGGGCUCCAAAACUCACUCAAUUCUUCACCACUUUCCUCUGCGUCCAAACUCCGAUACCACAGAGACAAAAUAUGACAUUUUUCAUUGCCAAGACAAAAUAAAGGGGAAAUUAAUCUUCCAUUAGUAGUAUGGCGACUGAGAGUCCGAUUAGAAUCUCGGAAGCCGGGGGGAAAUGGCCAACUCUUAAGGAAGCUGCGACUUUCGGUUCACCGUCUCGUAACGUGGCGACGGAGGAUUUGGCUGUUCUUUUGAAGAGCCAUAGGUUUUGUGGCAAUGGAAGGGAUGCGGUGCCCAAUCGCAGCGGUAGUGCACCUCCGAGCAUGGAAGGGUCAUUUAUGGCCUCGAAUAACCUCUUAUCCCAGAACAAGGCCCAGAAUGUGGACUUGCUAACUCUGAACAGAGCUAUGAAAAAAUAUGAUACUGGUAAAGAUUCUUUUCAUUUGUCACAAGGAACUCUUGCAACACCCAAGGAGGAGUCUGAGGAUGAUUCACCCCAACAGCCGUAUGAUGAUGAGUUGGAUAAGGCUAGUGGAAUAUGGCAUAGACAGGAUGCAGCUUCAGUGACAUCUCAGCACAAAAAUGAAGAUCUUCCCCACACCAUGUCACCUGUAUAUAAUAAGUCUCUUGGAGUGGUGGAUGAAGUAAUUGAUUUAGAUGCUGGUUCCAGCUCUUCUCAAGACCCUGCUGUCAUCACACUAGAUUCUGCAAAACCUACAGUAGGUGCAGAUGAUAUAAGGCUGUCAACAAAUGUUGAUUCCCCUGCCCCUAUCACAAGUUCAUCAUCUCUUGAAUCCACUGGAAGUGUGGGCUUUAGUGACUUAGAUGUUACAGUCAUUGAAUCUCAAUUAAGGGCUCUUAGUGUAUCUAAUCUACCAAAUUCAGAAAGGCAAAGUUGUGAAGAUAAAUGGAACAACAGCUGCCAGAAUAAGUUGAUUCAACAUCAGCAACAAAACAAUCCACGUGAAGUUCCUAGCACUAAUUCUCAAAGUGAAAAAUAUACAUUUGGUGGUACGGUACAGUUUAUUCACAAUCCCAGCAAGUUUUCCUCUGAUGUCCAUCCAGUAUUGCAGUCAUCAGGAUUAACACCACCGUUACAUGCCCCGGCAGCAGCUUAUAUGACCUCAACAAAUCCAUUUUAUGGUAAUUUGCAGGCUUCAGGUGUAUAUUCUCCACAAUAUGUAGGGGGCUACCCUUUUAAUCCCGCGGCUGUUCCUCCAUAUUUUGCUGCAUACCCUCCUCAUGGUACUGUGCCAUUUCUUGUUGAUGGGGCUAUUGGUUCCAGUUUUACUCUGCAAGCACCGGGGAUUUCAACUGGGGGAAACAUUUCACAUGGAGCUGAAAUGUUACCUGCAAGCAAGUUACUAGGACAAUAUGGAUUUCCUCUGCAGCCUUCUUUUGGUGAUUCUAUGUACAUGCAAUAUCACCAGCAACCUUUUGCGGAGGGAUAUGGUGUUUCUGGUCAUCUGUUAACACCUAGACCGAGUGUUGGUAGCCAAAGUGACCCUUUUGAUUCUCAAAAGUGGCCCAAUAGUGGUGCUUAUUUGGAUGACAAAAAAGUGCAUUAUCAGGGAAAUGGUGCGCAUUUGAACUCUAGCAGAGGUGGGCUAAUGAUUCCCAGUUAUUUUGGACACCCGCCAAAUAUGAGAUUCGUAAUGCAGAAUCCAAGUUCCCCACUUUCUAGUCCAGUUUUACCGGCAUACCAGGAAAGCAAUCCUGGCCUUCCAGGAGGAAGGAAUGAAAUGAAAGUUUCCCCAGUUUCUGGUAGACAUGGAGGUAUAUUAUCUGGAUGGCAAGGUCGAAGAACCUUUGACAGUGCUUAUGACCCCAAAAUUGUUAAUUUUCUUGAAGAUUUAAAAUCUGGCAAAGGUCGCAGAUUUGAGCUAUCUGAUAUUAUUGGUUAUAUUGUUGAAUUUAGUGCUGAUCAGCAUGGGAGCCGAUUUAUCCAGCAGAAGUUGGAAACUUGUGGUGUUGAGGACAAGGCAUUGGUGUUCAAAGAGGUUCUUCCACAUGCUUCUAAGUUAAUGACUGAUGUAUUUGGUAACUACGUAAUCCAGAAGUUCUUUGAGUAUGGAAGCCCUAAGCAGAGGAAGGAACUUGCAAAUCGACUUGUUGGUCAGAUAUUGCCUUUAAGUCUGCAGAUGUAUGGCUGUCGUGUAAUCCAAAAGGCACUUGAGGUUAUUGAUAUUGAACAAAAAGUUCAGCUUGUUCAUGAGCUAGAUGGAAAUGUUAUGAGAUGUGUUCGUGACCAAAAUGGGAAUCAUGUAAUACAGAAAUGCAUCGAAUCUAUUCCAACUGAAAAAAUUGGUUUUAUAAUAUCUGCCUUCCGUGGGCAAGUUCCUAUUCUAUCUAUGCAUCCUUAUGGUUGCCGAGUCAUACAGAGAGUUAUGGAGCAUUGCUCAGAUGAGGUCCAAUGCCAGUUUAUUGUGGAUGAAAUCUUGGAGUCAUCUUGCUCUCUCGCUCAGGACCAGUAUGGUAAUUAUGUUACUCAGCAUGUGUUGGAGAGAGGCAAGCCUCAAGAAAGGAGCCAAAUUAUUGGCAGGCUGUCAGGACAUAUUGUAGAAUUGAGCCAGCAUAAGUUUGCAUCAAAUGUUGUUGAGAAAUGUUUAGAGUAUGGAGAUACCACUGAGCGGCAGUUGUUGAUUGCAGAGAUUGUUGGGCAUGAUGAACAAAGUGAUAAUCUAUUGACUAUGGUGAAAGACCAAUUUGCAAAUUAUGUGGUACAGAAGGUUAUUGAGAUCUGUUCUGAAAAUCAGAGAGCACUGUUGCUUUCUCGCAUAAGAGCUCACACUCAUGCUUUGAAGAAAUACACUUACGGAAAACACAUUGUGGCUCGGUUCGAACAGCUACUUGGAGAAGAAUACCAAACAUCUGGAUCUUGAUGGCAAUAACGACGGUGCGCAAUGCUUGUGUAACAUGGAAACACAAAAGCUAACAUGUAUCUGUAACAGGAGAUAGAUAUUAGAUGAGAUACUGAUCCCAGGACCAGCUACUGAAUAACCCUUUCCUUCCUAUAUACUUCUCCUGUGGCUUCAUAUGUGCUGCUGCCAGUUCCGACAUUCAUGGCUUCAAGAAACAUUAUGCAUACAUGUGGAACUUAAUGUAAGUAUAUCAUUCAAGUAUGUUUGUGUAUAAUAAUAAUUUGGAAGGGAAACCCUUUGUGUAAAUUUACUGGGUCAGCACUGCUUACUGUGGUUUUAAUGGAGAAAGGACUUGGGAUAUCUGCUCUCUAGUCCUCAUCACGUGUUAGAUUUAA